CUUAUUUAUCAGCCGUCACUGCUAUCUCUGAAUUUCGCCCUUUCUUCUUCUUCUUGUUCUUCUCAGUUCUUACUCUGCUGUUGUCAUUUCUGAAUUUCAAAGCUUAUUCGAGGAUGUUAUCGGAGUUGGGAAACGACGCUUUCUGAUUUCUGUUCCUCAUCGUAACCGCGACACUCGCAGGUCUCAUCCUCCAAUUUAACAUCAUAAAAAGAGUCAUCAAGAGGAAUGGAAACAUCAGUCAAUAACGGUCAUUCAAAUGGGGACUGCAAUUUCCUUGCUCAGCCCAUGUAUAAGCGGCGGAAAGUUUCUGCUAUUCGUGAUUUCCCAGAACAAUGUGGACCACUUGCUUCAAGGAUUGAUCCAGUGUUAAAGGUAGAUAGUGCUGGUUUUGGUUCUGCUAAUGGUACAGUUGUUGAGGAUAAGAAUGGUGAACAUUUAGGGGGUGAAGCUGCUGGAACUUCCAAGUAUGAAGAUGAUUCUCGGCAUUCUGAGUUUGAAAAGGAUUCGUUUCUUACUGAGACUCUUGGCCAAACAAUUGAAUCUAGUUUGAAGAAGGAAAGUUCUGUGGCCUCAUCUCAUCACACGGAUGGGCCUACAUUGGGAAAUGAUGAACCUGCAGAAGUGAAGUUGUUGGACAUAGAAGCUUUGGAUACAACUGUGAACUCUGUAAAAUGUGACUCCUCUUAUAUGUCAAAGUCAUCUUCUCCGGUGGGUGAGGCGGCUUUGUCAAGUUUUUCAAAUUCCUUAUCAUCCGAUGUCAAUAUAGAUGGUUCCAGUGCUUAUUUGGUGGAGGCUGUAACUAGAAGGUAUCUUCCUCGAAGAAAAGUUUCGGUUCUCAGAGACUUUCCUCCUUUUUGUGGACGCGAUGCUCCAUCUCUAAGUAAGGAUGAGCCUCUAAAGAGGAUCUCUUCAUUGAGUAACAAGAGAGCUCGUCAACAGGACUUGGCUGUAGAUGACAAUCCGUUGAAAAAAGUAGCAGUCACUGAUGUGAAAGAAGUGGAAGAUAACAUUCAAGAUGAGUGUGGUUCUAAGGGAAAGUUUGUGGACAUCGUUCAAGCUGAUUCUGAAGGGAAUGCUACAGGGAGAGUGAAGAAGCUGGAUGUAUUUGAACCAUCUUCUGGGAUUAAACUGGAAAAAACAAAAGAAAAGUACAUUGCGCAUUUUGAAAAAAGUAAUCGUCAUCAGGUUGAAAUAAAAUCCAAGGCAGUGGUUAAAGAUGAAGUCCAAAGACCUGAGACAAAACCUUUGAAUGUGUCAAGUAGUAAGCAUGAGUUGAAAAGAGAGCUCAAAGGAUUGCAGAUCUCAUCAGACAGGAAAGUAGUGCUGGGUUUGAUGGCAAAAUCAGAAUGUCCUUUGAGUUCUGAUAAAGGUUCCUCCAAAUUUAAAUUGAUUGGUGGUACGGAUGAAAGCAAGGGAAAGAAAGUUGGUGUUAAUGCACGGCCUGACAGGUCUAAGGUUGCUAUCAAGACUAAAGACGGACUGAAUCAUUCUGGGCAGAAGCCUUUGAAAAAGAAAAAAGAAGAUGCUGCUUCUGACGGUAUGGGUCAACUAGAAAUUUGGGAAAAGAAGGAUUCUCUUCAUUCUGAGCAGAAGCCUUUGAAAAAGGAAAAAGGAAAUGCUGCUUCUGAUGGUAUGGGUCAAUUAGUAAUUUGGGAAAAGAAGGAUUCUCUUGACCCUAAUGAAAAUAUUGAAGACUUUCAGGUUGCCCGGAAAUCACAUGGUCACCAUGUAACUAUUCCUCCUCAUAAUUUCAGUGGACAUGACAAUGACUCAAAUGUGACCCGUAAUAAAGUGAGGGAAACAUUACGCCUGUAUCAAGCUGUUUCUAGAAAGCUUUUGCAGGAAGUUGAAGCAAAACCAAAAGACCGAGAAAAUACUCCCAAGAGGAUUGAUUUACAAGCGGCAAAGAUCCUUAAGGGGAAAGAGAAAUAUAUUAACACAGGCAAGCAGAUCUUGGGAUCUGUCCCUGGAGUUGAAGUUGGUGAUGAAUUUCAAUAUAGGGUGGAGCUUAAUAUAAUUGGCCUUCAUCGCCAGACUCAGGGUGGCAUAGAUUAUGUGAAGCACAAUGGUAAGAUCCUAGCAACUAGUAUUGUUGCAUCCGGGGGCUAUGCUGAUGAGUUGGAUAAUUCGGAUGUCUUGAUAUAUACAGGGCAGGGUGGGAAUGUGAUGAACACCGAUAAAGCACCUGUAGAUCAGAAGCUUGAGCGGGGCAAUCUUGCUUUGAAGAACAGUAGCGAGGAAAAAAAUCCUGUUAGGGUGAUACGAGGGUAUGAAUCAAUGGAUGGAAAUGGUAAGACAUAUGUUUAUGAUGGACUCUAUCUAGUUGAUUCAUGUUGGCAGGAUAUGGGGCCACACGGGAAGCUGGUUUAUAAGUUUCGCUUGCGAAGAAUCCCAGGUCAACCAGAGCUUGCUUUGAAGGAAGUGAAGAAAUCUAAAAAGUUCAAAACAAGAGAAGGCCUAUGUGUUGAUGAUAUUUCUUAUGGGAAAGAGCGAAUUCCCAUAUGUGCUGUGAACACCAUAGAUGAUGAAAAACCCCCAACAUUUAAAUACAUAACUAGCAUGAUAUAUCCUGAUUGCGAUCUCAUUCCUCCGGAAGGAUGUGGUUGUAUUGAUGGAUGCUCUGACUUAAAGAAAUGUUCUUGUGUAGUAAAAAAUGGGGGAGAGAUCCCUUUCAAUCAUAAUGGGGCAAUUGUAGAGGCAAAGCCUCUAGUCUAUGAGUGUGGACCUUCUUGCAAGUGCCCUUCAACAUGCUACAAUAGAGUCAGCCAACUUGGUAUAAAGUUUCAACUUGAAAUUUUUAAAACCAAUUCAAGGGGAUGGGGUGUGAGAUCCCUAAAUUCCAUCCCUUCAGGAAGUUUUAUCUGCGAAUAUUUAGGAGAGCUUCUUGAAGAAAAGGAAGCCGAACAAAGAACUGGUAAUGAUGAGUAUCUUUUUGAUAUUGGAAAUAACUUCACCAACAGUACUCUUUGGGAUGGACUUUCGACCCUUAUGCCUGAUACACAGUCAAGUUCUUGUGAAGUUGUGAAGGAGGGUAGCUUCACCAUUGAUGCCGCCCAGUUUGGUAACGUGGGGAGAUUCAUCAACCAUAGUUGCUCCCCUAAUCUUUAUGCUCAGAAUGUCCUUUUUGAUCAUCAUGACAAUAGGAUUCCUCACAUUAUGCUCUUUGCUGCUGAGAACAUUCCUCCCUUGCAAGAGUUGUCUUACGAUUACAAUUAUACGAUAGAUCAAGUCCGUGAUUCUAGUGGCAAUAUAAAAAAGAAGGCUUGCUAUUGUGGUUCUGUGGAUUGUACAGGUAGGAUGUAUUGAGGCCUGCCAUGGUUAAUCGUUGGAAAAUUGAUCUUUUACCUUCUCAAUUCAAACUCAGUUUAUAUGCAGAAAAGUUUUCCAAUUUAAUUUUGAACUACAUGAUAAUCGUUGCUUUCUCUACCUGUAUGCAUAUAAUCUCGUUUAAAUGUUGCAUUGUCCACCUGUAUGUAUAUAUAAUCUUUGUUAGCCCACUCAUGCUCUCUUCUUCUCUCUUCACUCCCUAACCCUGUCAUCUUCGUCAUCCCCGUCUCUCUCCAGUUGCGGAGCCUGCAAAUCCUAUGCUUAUGGUGGCUUACAAGCAACAAAACAA